GGAAAACUGAACCGCGCCUGACAAUAUUUACUGUCUGACUGCCCACUGAUCAAAUCCUGACAAUAUGUCCUACAUGUGAUGUGACGUGAUUUACAUAAACCCCCUGACAUCUUGAAGAAGAAGCUGGAAGGAGGUUUACUGCUCAAUGGAGGACUGCACAACUUUUGUGACCACAAAGCAGCAUUUGCACUUCAUGUAUCAUCAUGCAGAGACAGGUGGCUGGAUUCUAGAACUAUUCAAGGACAUCUGAACAUGACUAUCCACUAUUUUAAUCAAAUGCAGCGCACCUCAGAGCAGUGCAUGAAGAAACAAAGGAAAAGCGAGAACAGCGCCAUCCACCUCUCCUCUCCAGUGGUGGAGGGCGAAAGGAAGCUUGAUGGAAGCAGUUUGACUGUUUAUGGUGACGGCCAGAAGGUGAAGGUGGUGUAUGAGGUAUACCCUGGUGAUGUCCAAAGACUAUUCCAGGUCACCAGCAGAGAUGGUGGAGGAAAGGUGCCCUCUCCAUCGUACGUAGUCACCGACGGCAGGGGACAGAACGACCUACAGGAUCAGAAUGCUCCAAAGGUCUGUAACGUAAUGUUGAUUUGUAAUGCCUCCAGCAGCCAGCCCUGCUCUGGGCCUGAGGACAACUCAACAGACACACACAAGACUCUAACAGAGACUUCAACUAUGACCUUUGUGGAUGCACACACCAUUGAUGAGUCGGGGGAGACACACAGCCUACUCUGUGUAAUGGAGGUACACAUUAAUAAGGAGUUUGUCCUCAUUGAUGAUGAUGAUGACGGUGACAUGUCCCUAAGAGAGAAGACUGUCACUAACAUGUCCAUCAUGGAUGGUAAUGCUGCAGACCUGGUCUGUGGCAGACGGCUGUCCAUCUCUACUGACACUUACUCUGAGUGUAAAGAGGAGAGUGUGGCCCCGGAACCCACUGCACAAGCAGACACACAUACUAAAAAGCAGCCCUGUUGCUUCUGUUCCAUUCUAUGAUCAUUCUAUCUGUUCCUUUUUAUGACCAUUUCAUCCAUUCACACUAUCAGAGGCAGAGCACAUACUGUAGUAAUUUUUAGUUUUUGUAAUUUUGUAUACAUUUUCUAUCAAUCAACCCCUAUUGUCUUCAAAAGCUGCCCACUACUCUGCACAAAAUGAGUGUGGUGAUGUUAAAAUCAUGGUUAUUUGUCAUGUCAUGUCACUGCACAGUAUUUGCAUCGAUUUUGCAUUCUUAUUUAUAGUGUUGGGUAAUACGAAAUAAAGGUGCAUAGUGAAAUCAUCAGCAUUUCUCUUAGCUACUUAGGACCACUUUGAAUGCUUCUUGAAUCAAACACUGUGAUCUGAAUAAUAGGUUCUUUACAGAAAGCCUUUGAGUGAUCAUGUGUUGAUUUCCAUUUAUGUUCUGCUUGCUCUUCUUCACUUUAGAUACACUUUUAAUACUUGUACUUUAUGUACUAAUAUGUGUCCUUUGUUUACUGUACAUUCAAUAAACUUCAAUUUUUUUGC